AUUGGCAUAAAAGUAUUUGAGCCUGGCUGUAUCAGACACAUUUAAGAGCAUUUAAGUUAUUGGCACACAUCUUACACUGGUUCAGAUGUUAUCUGUGAAGCCUUGACAGGUUUAGGACAAAAAACUUUCAGCACAACUUAGCAUAACGUUACAGUUCGAUCGAUUACUUUUGUCUUGUGAUCGGUUAUCUGCAGAGCUUGACUUAUGCAGUUUCCCCAUCCGACCACGGCAAAUCCACUGCGUUGAAUGUGUUGUCAUCGUCAUUCUCUCUGAGUGAAAGAGGAAGUACAGAAAUACUACAAUCGAUGUUCAUUUACAAAUAAUCGCGUAUGACUUUUACUAUGGAGAGAGAUGCUGGCAUAAUUUCUUUAAUUAAAGAACUUGGGUAUAAGAACAGGGAGUGUUUGGGGAAAUGUACAUGUGACGAAUUACCUUGCCCACUACUUACCUGGUUGGUCUCGGAAAUUAGGGCAAGUUGCCCCGAUGUGCCAGCACACAGAAUUGGUGGAGCAGUUCUGGUUGGAGAGUUGAGGGAGGUGCUGAAAGAGAUGUGCUGUCCUCAAAAUGAAUUUGCAUCAGAGCAUCUUAGCCCAUCUCUGAUGUGCAAAGUGACCGAGUUCUUGGUGUCAGAGUUAAUGGCAGCACGUAUGCUGAAGUAUAAGGAGAGUCACCCAGAAGAAGCAAAACAAAAUUGUGAGUCGAAAGGAAAAGACCAAAGAAAAGAAGAAAAUUUUGCUGUGGACAGCGAGGGUGAGGAUGAAAAUAUCAGUCAAGCAGAAGAGGAUCAAACUAAUUGGAAAGAGAUAAAUAAAGAGCUGGCAGAGCUGCUUCAGAACUUGGGGUUGGAUGAAUCCUCUCAGCUAAAGGAUGCCUGUGCAGAGGUGAAGUCACGCCUUACUGCAUUUCCAAAUGGCGAAGUGCCAGAGGCUUUACUCAAGAUGAAUGUGAACUCUGAGCAGUGGAAAAAGAUACAUGAGAUCAAAAAAGCUCUCUGUAAGGAUUAUGAGUGUCGGCGCAAAAUGAUGAUCAAUCGUUUCCAUGUCACACUACAGUCCUUUGCUUGGGGAGAAAGAGGGCAGGAACGGAAAGCUGUUCUUUCUUCAAUGCAAUCCUUUGAACCCUCUUACAAGUCCUCUGUUUCCAUUGCUAUGCUGUUGGCAGCCAGAGAGGAUCAGUCACGCAUUUCACCGGUUAAAGCCGGACCUUCAACAGACGUUCAUAAGGUGCGAAUGGGGGAUGUGCCAGACAGGGGGGGACGCCCAGGAGAGAUUGAGCCACCAAUGCCCAGUUUCACCAGUCGCCGUGAGGGAGGGGGCAGUAAUCGAUUCAAAAAGAGUAGACGAGAAUACUCGGGAAAGAAGAAGAAAAAAUAAAAAGAAUUCGAGAUUUCUUUAUUUGAGUGUAAUGGAAUUAAAUGACAAAUAUAUUUAAGUAGACAAGCAUAUGCACUAUAAUAAAAAAUAAGACUGGACUGUAGUCAUAGAUAAAAAAAAAAUCUUAAUUAUUGUUUAAAAUCAUGUGAAUGAUAAUUUAAUUUGUUUACAAAAAUUUGUUAAUUUCAGUGAAAUGUAUGAAUGUCUACCAGCUUUGUUUUCUUUGCAAAUUCAUGAGCUAUGAAAAAUGAAUAUUCAUUUUGUUUAAUUAAAAAAAAUAGAUUUUUGUUAAAAGGGUCGAUUCUGUUAUUUUUUUAAAGGGAUAGUUCACCCAAAAACGAAAAUAGUGUCAUUAAUGACUCAUCAAAGUAGUCCAUGUGACAUCAGUAGGUCAGUUAGAAUGUGUUGAAGCAUCAAAAAUA